AUGGAGAAAGAGAACAGCCCGGACGGAGUACUGGCCUCGGACAUGAGCCACGACAUCGUUACCCCCACCCUUCCUGGGAUUUCCGGGCACGGGAGCUGCCCCUUCGAUGUGUUUACACCAGAGGCAUUGGUAAGCAGGCUCAAGGCUUACGAAGACUGCACAGAGGACAUCAUUAGACUCAUUAAGUCUGUCCACGUAAAUCAGGGCAGAAUGAAGAAGCUUUCGAAGGUCUUCAACUCACUGUCGAACUACGACACCAGCUCCGUGGUUGAACUCACAAGGAAUGGAAACAGGAUACUGAGAUAUGUAUCGACGUACCUGAUGCUCGGCAAGAUAAAGCAGUGGAUUCUAGACGGAAAGGGAUUCGAGGUGGUGGAGACUAUGUAUGAUGAGGUGUUUCUCGUCAGGUUCAGGGAUGUAGACUUCAAUAUAAGGGCCGUUUGCGUGGAGUUUAUGUGUGAAUGGGUUGUUUCUGUUCCCGGGAUAUUCAACUCCUCCUGCUAUCUGAAGUACAUUGGAUGGGCUCUCAGUGACAAGAACGACACUGUUAGGAGAAGGGGAGUGAGUUCAUGCAUCAGGCUGGUGCAGAAGAAGAUUAGUGUUCAAGCAUUUGUGUCCCGCUUUAAGAGCAGGAUGAUCGAGCUGGCGCUAUAUGACAGGAACCCUGGCCUCCGGGAUGAAGGGAAAGCACUCUGUAUGUCCCUGUACAUCAGCGGGAUGAUCUCAAAGGACGAUGUCUACAAGGUACUGGCAUCCAUGAGCGAAAGAGAUAGGAGGGGCCUGGUGGACGAUGUUGUCAGAAAGAUCCUUGGAGGAGAAGAGCCAAAUGCCGGGUCUCUGCUAGAUAACCAUGAGGGCCUGCACGAACUUCUUUCCAGCACGUCCCUGUUUCUGUGCUCCCGUAUUCCUCACACUGACAGAGAUGUUGAAAGAUUCAUGGACUUUAUUCUGGACUUUUUGCGCACGGGAAGCUCAUGUUGCAAGUCAAAAAGCUUGUGCUACCUGAGGAUUCUUGGGGUGCUUUCCAGCAGUGCAGCGGACAUCAUGAAGUACUGCAGAAUGCUUGAAAUAAUCAAGGACAGCAGAGAGAACAUAGUGGAGUCCGUGGAGUCUAUUUGCAAGAUUGAUGCCGAGGUGUUCAAGAAGCAGCCGGAUGCCACCAACAGGCUUCUUGAGGCGAUGAAGGAGCUUUCUAGCCGAUACAGAUGCGAAGAGAUGUUUUCCAGGUUUGUACAUCUUUUGAAGAAGCUCGAGAACGACUUCGAAGCCUCUGUCUACCGGAUUGUGGAGUUUUUCAGAUUCUUCAGUGUUGGGUUUACCUGCUGCAUAAUCAAGUCGUUUGACAUAUCGGAGGGGAUUGGGAGCGAUCAUCCAACUGAGGUCAAGUGCUAUGCAGCAUUGUGGAGAAUAAUGUCAAAGGACUACGAAAGCGUCAACGGAUACGAACUCAAGGACACAGCCAAUCCCGCUGUUCUCUGCGACUUCCUGCUUUUCUUCAGGGAAAAAUGCAUUGAGUUUGCCGUGCUGAAUCGAGAAGUGGAACGAGCAUCUGACCAGGGAGAGUGCUUCAAGGUGAUGUAUGACAGGCUGUCUGCUCUUAUACACUCGGAAGCUGAAAGGAUUUUUGUCGAUCCGAAGUCAUGCAUCUCUCUGUUCAAGCUUGUUGACGAAGGCCUUCUCACCGACUAUUCGAACAUCAUAUUCAAGGUCUGUGGUGAGGAGCUGAUUUCUGAGUUUCUGAGCAGGAGCAAGUCCCGGAUGAACCUAGUUUCCGGAUACUUCAGAUACCUGAUGGAUGUGGAGGAGAAGAAUGUGCGCAAGGGAGUUGGAAGGUUGAUUGGCUCGAAGUGCGGCAUGGGGAAGAAAGGGCUUGGGACUGAGAAGACGGUCUUCCGGGGCAUGAAAGCACUUGUCGAGCAGAAGAGGAUGUUCCUGUAUGACAGCGUCCUCAUCUACUUUGUUUCAUCACUAACCACUAAUGAGUGCAUAAUCAUUGAGCAAGGGCUGGAGAAGUCAAAGCUCAAGGCGUCUCUGCUCAGGAGGAUCAGAGAAAGCUGA